CUGUUUGUGCUUUGAUUCUGCUUUUUUUGCUGUUACAUGCCUCGGUUUUCUCAAUAAACCACAGAGCCAUCAGGCAGACGCUUGUGAACAGGGCUGCACGAAGGCUGAGUCAUGUCAGAGCAAGUACGAUGAAGGGAGGGGGAGCGAGAAAAGAUAGAGAGAGCGACAUGGAUACAAAAAGAGCACGAUGUGUGUGUGUGUUUUUGUGCAGAGAAGAAACCUAGAGGUGAAUGAUCGAGAGGAGCGAGGGGAAAUAUGUUGGAUAAAAGAGCGAGUCGAGUGCGUGAGAGAGAACGAGCGAUCGAGUGUGAUAGUGUUGUAAGAGGAGAGUGGAAGGGAGGGGUGUGCUAACGUGGCUGGGGCGGAGGGGGCAGAGCAGACCUGUGAGAUCUAUAGGCUGUGCUCACAUGCAGUUGCCUUCAAGCAGACGGAGAAUAGCUUCUGUUUUUUUUUUUCCCCGGGAGAGACUCGCGACACACACGCCGCUGUACCUCUCCGGCAGAUGUCCGCACUAAGCAGGGAGAUCCAUCACUGACAUAUGAGCCAGAGGCUUGACUGAGCAUCCAGCAGCAGCAGCAGCAGCAGCAGCAGCAUCCCCCUGCCUUUUACACUGAAGGUUCGGUAGUUGACAUCUCUUAAGUCAUACCUCAGUUCUAGAACCUCGCAUCAGGCAGCAGAGGAACGCUGUCCACUGAAGAUUUUUAUCUGAGCUUUCAACUGCCACGCUUUCAGAUCCAACAGGUGGCAUUCUGAACAACUGUUGAGGUGUGUAUACUGCCUAUGGUGAUUCUCGCUGCUGCACAUGCGAGUCUCAAGAACAGCUUAAAGGUGUGAAAAAGAACUACAGAACCACAGCGAAGAUGAAGAUGACACCAAUGCAGAAGCUGCUCCAGCUGCCGGCCAAUGCCGUGAACAUGGUGAAGACGGUGCAGGGGGUGGCGCAGGGCCACGAGGAGGCACGAAGCCCCGUGCUCACCCCAGACGGUGGGCUGCAGAACUGGUACAACGCUGUGCAGCCGGAGGAGCUGCGGCACCUCCGUACCUCCAGCACAGUUGGUAGUGGUGGUGGAGGAGGAGGAGGAGGUGGGGGAGAGGCAGGAGAAGGGGGAGGCACUCAGGAGGAAGGACUCCCCAGUGCUCAGACGCAACCCCUGCGGCACGAUGAUUUGAAGGAGAUGUUGGACAGCAACAAGGACUCUCUAAAGCUGGAGGCUAUGAAAAGGAUCGUCGCGAUGAUUGCCAGAGGGAAAAAUGCGUCCGAUCUCUUUCCUGCUGUGGUGAAAAACGUGGCGUGCAAGAACAUUGAGGUGAAGAAGCUGGUGUAUGUGUAUCUAGUGCGCUAUGCUGAAGAACAGCAGGAUUUGGCCCUGCUCUCCAUCUCCACCUUCCAACGAGGACUCAAGGAUCCGAAUCAGCUUAUUCGUGCGAGCGCCUUGCGUGUGCUGUCCAGCAUCCGAGUCACCAUCAUCGUGCCUAUUAUGAUGCUGGCUAUUAAAGAGGCGGCUUCUGAUAUGUCUCCGUACGUCCGCAAGACAGCCGCUCACGCCAUCCCUAAGCUUUACAGCCUAGACCCUGAGCAGAAAGACCAGCUAAUUGAAGUCAUUGAAAAGCUGCUUGCUGAUAAAACCACCCUGGUCGCAGGCAGUGUGGUGAUGGCGUUCGAGGAAGUCUGUCCAGAGCGGAUUGAUCUGAUCCAUAAGAAUUACCGUAAACUCUGCAACCUGCUGAUAGACGUGGAGGAAUGGGGUCAGGUCGUCAUUAUCAACAUGCUCACUCGCUAUGCCAGGACUCAGUUCCUUAACCCCAACAUUAAUGAGUCCCUGCUGGACGAGGGUGGAGAGAAGGCUUUUUACGGUUCUGAUGAUGAUGAUGAUGAGGAUGAUGAUGAGAAGAGGGUUGAGGCAGCCAACCUUGCCAAGAGGAAACCGUAUGUCAUGGACCCUGAUCAUCGACUGUUGCUCCGAAACACCAAACCGCUUCUUCAGAGCCGCAACGCAGCUGUGGUGAUGGCAGUCGCUCAGCUCUAUUUUCAUCUAGCUCCUAAAGCGGAGGUGGGCGUCAUUGCCAAGGCACUGGUGAGGCUGAUGAGGAGCCACAGUGAAGUCCAGUAUGUUGUUCUUCAAAAUGUUGCAACCAUGACCAUCAAAAGGAGGGGUAUGUUCGAGCCAUACCUGAAGAGCUUCUAUAUCCGAUCUACAGACCCCACUCAGAUCAAAAUACUUAAGCUUGAAGUGUUAACCAAUCUGGCAAAUGAAACCAAUAUUUCUACCAUUUUGAGAGAAUUCCAGACAUACAUCAAAAGCAUGGAUAAGGACUUUGUAGCAGCCACCAUCCAGGCCAUUGGCCGCUGUGCCACCAACAUCGGGGAGGUUAGAGACACUUGCCUCAAUGGUCUCGUCCAACUUCUAUCCAAUAGAGAUGAGCUUGUAGUAGCAGAGUCGGUGGUGGUGAUUAAGAAGCUCCUGCAGAUGCAACCUGAGCAACACAGCGACAUUAUUAAACAUAUGGCGAAGCUUACAGACAAUAUACAGGUCCCAAUGGCAAGAGCGAGCAUCCUGUGGCUGAUUGGCGAGUACUGUGAGCAUGUACCUAAAAUCGCCCCUGAUGUUCUAAGGAAGAUGGCUAAAAGCUUCACCAAUGAGGAGGACAUUGUCAAGCUGCAGAUCAUCAACCUGGCUGCCAAACUCUACCUGACCAACUCAAAACAGACCAAGCUCCUUACGCAGUAUGUGCUCAACUUGGCAAAGUAUGACCAGAACUAUGACAUCAGAGACCGCGCACGUUUCAUCCGUCAGCUCAUCGUCCCCACAGAUAAAAGUGGAGCCUUGAGCAAAUACGCCAAGAAGCUUUUCCUUGCCCUUAAACCUGCACCUGUACUAGAGUCUCCAUUUAAAGACAGAGACCAUUUCCAACUUGGCUCGCUGUCUCAUCUUCUGAACACCAAAGCAGGCGGCUACCAGGAGCUGCCCGACUGGCCCGAAUCAGCACCCGACCCCUCCGUGCGCAACGUGGAGGUGAAGGAAUCUCAAGAGGAAGUCAUAGACACCAGUGAGGGGCGGAUUGGUCUCCUUGGAGACUGGCGAGAGGUUAUUAGGCUGCUUGAAAGAGUCGCGAAUCUAACCAGCGUUCCAGAAUGGACCAAAUGCACCAGCAGGAAGGAGCGUAAGGAGAAGAAGGUGGAGAAACCUUUCUACUCCGACUCUGAGGGAGAAUCUGGGCCCACCGAGUCUGCUGACAGCGAGACGAAUUCCUGCAGUGGGCCAGAGAGCGGCAGCGAGGACAGCGGCUCAGGCUCUGACAGUGUUGAGAGCGACGAGGAGUCCGAGUCUGAUGGAGAGGAAGAGAAGACCAAGAAGAAGAAGAAGAAAGUAGACAAGAGCAAAGCCAAGAAACCAGAGAGUGCAGAGAGUGACCAAAGCAGUGCAGAGGAGCAGAAAAGAGGCAGGAAAGUAGGGAAGGAGCAGAAGAGGAUGUCCGAGUCAGAGAGUGAGGAGGAGAGCGAAUCUGAAAGCAGCGAGUCAGAAUCCGAGUCGGAGGAAGAGUCAGACUCAGAUGUGGACACUAGAAAGAAGAAGGCACCUACAUCAAAACCACCACCUCCAAAGCAGACCAAAAAAGAGAGCAAGAAGGAGUCCAAGGAAAUGUCUUUGUUGGAUCUGGAUGACUUUGAUCCCACGCCCUCACCUCAGGUUACCCCGGUCAGCAACUUCCUCUCCAGCAGCCUAGUGGCUGAUCUAGAAGGUCUGUCACUGACUGACACCGUACUCGCCCCCACAACCAUCACCCCAUCAUGCUCGAUUAGGAUGUAUGAGUUGUUGCACCGCAUCACAGGAGAGGGUCUGGGGGUUGAGUACUGCUUCAGCAGGCAGCCCUUCAGCCCUGAUCCGAACAUGGUGGCUGUGCAGAUCCAGUUCACCAACAACACCAGUUCAGAGACCAAGAACCUACACAUCGAGGAGCCCAAACUGCAGUCUGGUAUGAGGAUCAAGGAGUUCACUGAAAUCGAGCUUCUACCUGCAGGAGAAUCCGUUACUGCUGUAAUGGGCAUUGACUUCUGCGACUCCACACAAGCAGCCAACUUCCAGCUUUGCACACACACUCGGAAGUUCUUUGUGUACAUCCAGCCACCGGUCGGGGAACUGAUGAUGCCUAUUUUUCUGACAGAGAACGAGUUUAAGAAAGAGCAAGAGACGAUAUUACACGGUCAGCUAAUGGGAAUGAAUGAAAUCUCAGAGAAGCUCAGCUUGGGGUUGAAGUGUCAGACUGAUCACGUUAUUGUAGAGAGAGUCACUGCUACAGCUAACCUCAGCAGGGUACCUUGUGGCUCUGAGAAAGAGUGCAGUCCUCCUCUUCCUCCUCCCCCGUUUCCUGUAUCCAGGUUUGCUGGGAAGACGGUGAGCAGCGGCAGCCUCGUGCUCGUCACCGUGGCGAAGAAGGAAGGCAGAGAAGCCCAGCUCACGGUGAACUGUGAGAAGAUGGUGAUUGGCACGAUGCUCGUUAAGGACAUUCUUCAAGCCCUGACGCAGUGAUGACUGAAUGCUUAGUGUGUGAAAAAAAACCUGUAGCUAUGUGUAGCUUUAAACCUUGUGUGCUGAUGUUUGACCCAUUUUUUGUCAUUUACUACACAAUAUUGCACCUAGUAUACAUAGCCGAUCGCUUAAAAAUCACAGAUUAAUCUUAAUUACUGUCCCCGAUGAGCUGAAACCUGAAAACGAUUCGCAUUAAGCCCUUGUGAAUGCUCUGUAUGCAGUGUCACCUUACCUGCCUUUCUCGUUUUUUUCGGUUUGGUUCGCAGAAGUGUUGCAUGACGUGAUUCACAUUUUUAACCUUCCCAAAUUUCUAUUGAAACCCGUGUUUACUCUUCAUUUCUUUGUGUGACCAGGAUAUCACACAUAUAUACAUAGAUAUAACACAUGGCAAUGUUUACACUUACGGCGAUUAUUUAAGGAGGUUACUGGAAUAGAAGAGCCUUUGUCACAUAUACAUUACAGCACAGGGAAAUUUGUUCUUCGCAUAUCCCAGCUUGCUUAGAAGCUGGGGUCGGCCAUGAUACGGCACCCCUGGAGUACAGAGGGUUAAGGGCCUUGCUCAAGGGCCCAAGAGUGGCAGCUUGGCGAUACCGGGGCUUGACCCGCCGACCUUACGAUCAGUAACCCAGAGCCUUAACCACUGAGCCUCCACUCCUCCAGUAGCAUAUGUGCUACUAGAACAUAUGCUACUUCUUUUUUUUACCAUUUUCAAAACAUUUCAAUUAGAUUUCACUCUUCCUAACACAAUACCUGCAAUUAUAUAAACACAGAUGUUUAAAAUCUCUUUUUCGCUUUAAUAUUCUAUUAUUUCGAGUAGUUAUAAUAACAAAACAGACACUGAUACAGCAUUCAUGUCUUCAGUUAAUCCUU